AUGUCCCUUUGCAUCUUAAACUCAAUUUCCCGAGAGAAAACAUUCUCCGAGAGAGACAUAACCCCAAUUGUUACAAUGUCAUUUUGACAACACAAGCAGUCAGAUAUGUAUGUAUCACAAUUCAAGGUUUAUAAAUUACGUCAAACAGUCUAAAGCAGGAUUCAGAUGCAUAUUUAGGAUGCAAUGACAAGGGAAGCAUCCCAUCCAUAUGCCAUAAGGACAGCUCAUAUAACCUCAAAGAGGACAUCACUCACCGCCGCAAUACUAAUGUCAAAAGUCUGUUAUUACAGGAAAGAUUAUAAAUUUUUGUAUAUUCAAGAUGUAUGCACAGAAUGAUAUAAAUUCUAAUUAGAAGGUAUUAACUUUGCAUCAGGUAAUUAUUAUAAUUGACAUCAUGCUAAAAACAACUUUUAGCUUCCAAUAUCAUAUAGUUACGUAGUUUAGUAUAUGUAAUUACUAUUAUUGAUAGAGAGUCAUUUAUUAUUUAAUUAUUUAUUUAAUUAUAUGUUUACCAUGCACGCACCAAGAGUCAAAAGCAUGGAAUAUCACUGGUUAGCUCGACAAGAGAAAAAGUCACAAAAUUAAUAGCACUGAGAUAUAAAACGUAAUUACAGAAAAUAUUACUCAAGAGUUAAUGUGUAUUUAAUAAUUGUUAUAAUUAUCAAAUUGUCUUUUACUAUAUGUAUUAAACGUAUUACCCCGAAAAAAGCUUUAUUAAGACUAUUAUUAACGUUAAACUAAAUAUUAAAGUUUAUAAUAUCUAAAGAUAUAGCUUAUAGUCAUUGUACAAUUAAAGGCAACUUCUGUGUAUCUCAGCACAUAUUUCUUUUUGUUCACUACACAUAUAACUAAUUAUUCCACUUAUCUUAGGUGAUGACAGCAUCCUCCCCCCUGGCUGUCACACGGUGUGUUACGCGGAUGACACACUGGUGAUGGUCGGGGGGACCUCGUGGGAAGACGCGACCGCUCGGACGAACAUAGCGAUCAACCGCGUCGUGCGCUACGUAAGGAGGAUGGGACUCAAAGUGGCGCCCCAGAAAACCGAGGCCAUCUUUUUGCAUGAUGGCUCUCACGGGGCGCCGCCGAGAGUCCACAUCACAGUGGAGGACACCCCAAUAGAGGUUGGGGCCUGCAUGAAAUAUCUGAGCCUCCACCUUGACAAUAAGUGGACCUUCCAAGAACACUUCCGCCGCAUAUCCCCCAAAGUGAAGAGGGCAGCAAUGGCACUACAACGCCUGCUGCCCAAUCUUGGGGGACCUGGCGGAAGUGUAAGGAAGUUGUACGCCGGGACUGUACACGCUAUGCUGCUGUACGGGGCCCCAGUAUGGUCGAAAUGCCUGGGGGCUGCCCGCGGUCCCAGAGAUGCACUGAGACAGGUGCAGAAGCGGGUAGCCAACAGGAUAUGCAGGGGCUACCGUACGGUCAGCUGGGCGGCGACGGGGGUGCUCUCCGGAGUGCCCCCCGUUGAGAUGCUCGCCCGCAUGUAUGCUGAGGUGUACACGCGCACGCGUGGAUACCAGCGGGCGGGCAUCACUAUGACGGAAAGUCUCCGGCGUACUGUGAGGGUCCACUCCCGACGGGCGCUGAUCCAAAGUUGGAAGGAAUUCCUGGCGGACCCAACACUGCCAGGACAGCGCACCGUCGGGGCCAUACGGCCCUGUCUAGAAAACUGGCUAGACAGGGCCAAAGGUGGGGUGUCCUACCACAUGACGCAGGUGCUCACCGGACAUGGGUGUUUUGACGUGAUGCGCGGGGCCCUCCCGCCGAAAGCCAGGAGGCACCGGCGGGAGGGCAACGCCGUCCACGGAAAGGGGUUCCUCUCCUUCAGAGAGGAGCCCUCUGGUGAGGGCUCCCCUGGUGGAACGCCGAACCGGGUCACCCUCUAG